AUGGACCUAACAAAGUUACUCUGUGAAAAAUUUAUAAAUUGGAAACCACCUGCACCGGAGGUAUUUAACAGAAGCAGAGACACUAUCACGCUCGACUGGCAACUUGGGGCGCCCUUUGGUUUCCUUGGAAACCAAUUGUUGUACAAGGUGGAGAAGCGGGAGAAAAUUCCUCCUUGGGUUAUUGUUUAUAGCGAAGCGACGGGGAGGCAGUGGUUCGAGUCGCAGUGGUCCGAGGAGACGUGGAGCAGCACCGACUCUGAUGGCACGUCGGCCGUCUGUUUCUGUAUGGCAGUGCGUUGUGGCUACGUCAAGCAGGCACAGGACGUAAACGGACUUCACGUGGAGCACUACGCCGUAGAUUCUUGUAAGUUGGAGGUGCUGAAACACAUUCUGGACAAAGGCGGCGACGUCAAAGUGCAAGACGGCAACGGGUGGACACCGCUGUUCAGAGCGAUUUGUCAGGGAGCCGUGAGCGGGGUGAUCGAGGAGCUGAUACUCCGUGGCAGCAGUGUCGACAUGACAGACCAUGCUGGACUCUCACUCGUGGCGGCCGCACGACUGCUUAAGGAUAAAAAUGGGCGCCGCCGCGACUCAGUGCUACGCCAAGUGGACGCGACAUUUAUCCAUGAGAAGGCUUUAGCGCACUUCUCAAGGCUCACCAAGAAGAUUUCGAGCGUGCAAGCUUUGCUUAAA